AUGUGCCGCGCCUCCUCCAAGCAGAUCCCCAAGAUAAUUUACUGUGACAUGAAGAAGAAACAACCCGAGGUUCACCACGAACCCCUCGAGGAAGAAAUCACGGCUACCUACCUAUCCUCCUCGGUUCGUAACGACGACGAAGAUAUGGACACCUCAAGCAACAGCAGAUGGGAUGACAUGGCAUCGCCCAGACUUCCAAAACUACCCAACCGCCACAUGAGACGAUUGCCCCCUCACGAGGAGAAUCGAAUCGUCGAGGCAGCCUCAGAGUUCCUCGAAUGGCCAUCGGGGGCGGUGCAUCCACCGACGCCCAACGUAGGCGUACAUCCUGUACGGGCCAAUGAUUCAACGUUCCUAGAAGUACGGUGGAAGGAUGAUAGCGGCGUAUAG